AUGCAUAUGCGUGAUUGCCGAGUUGCUAUUGUUGCUGAAAUCGAAAAGUUGACCGAGUAUGCGACCACGCGGGAGAGUGACGCCAUGACGAGCUGCUACAUCCCCAGCGAGGCCGGACGGAAAUUCAAGAUCCGGUUUGGGAACAAGUCGGCGACCGAUAUGAGCGUGCACUGCUUUGUAAAUGGUCAGCUCGUCGCGAGGGAGUUGGUCAAGUCCUACAAGUCGCGAAGUCUCAAGGGUAUGCGCAUCUGUGGGUGCACGGUCAGGCCAUUCAUGUUCUCAAACGUUACACUCACCGAUGACGACAACGUCGCGUUGGCGGGUACCACGAACGCUGAUAAUUUGGGGGUCAUAGAGAUACGGGUGUAUAGGUGCAUGACCAUUGGUUCAGGUCCGUUUGAGGCCGUCCGGGGCGUGUCGUUCACGGAGGUUGGCCCAAUACACGAGAGGACAAAGAAGGCCGGCAGUCAUUGCGUAUCCCUGGGUGAAUCUGAGGCAACACACAGAGCCCGUACCAUGGACGUCAGGUACAUCGACGACCCGAGACGUUCCCCGCCGCAUAUCACGUUCAGAUAUAACUAUCGGCCAAUGGGGAUGCUCAUUGCACAAGAUAUCGCUCCGCGUCCGCUGCCACCUCCGAGCGAGACCACUAACGUUCAUGUGGAGAGAAGGGGCAUCAAGCGAUCUGCAUCAUCGAUGGCCGAGUCGGACAGGCAGUCCAAACGGUCGCGCACGAUGAGCACGCCGAUGAGCGUGGAUAUGAGUAUCGCGCUGCGCACAGUUACUCCUAUGUCGGUGGUGAAGGAGGAGCCCGAGGUACAGGGAGUACCAGUUGCUGGCCCUUCUGCUCCACGUCCUGUAGCGAGCGGUGAAGAGAACCGACGGCCUUCCCAAGCCAGAACAGACUCCCAGCGCAGCCGCUCGAGUACCGUAAAGACCGAAUGGGCCAUCUUACCGAUCCGCUGGCUGUUCGGUAGCGGAAUCAUUGAUCUGACGGGAUCAGGUUCGAGUUCGGGUUCACGCUCAGUGUCCUCGGGAGAGGUUAUUGACCUCACGCAGGACUGA